UCUUUCCAAACGAGCGGGGAGCGUAUAAAUGGAACAGCAAUGGCAGCACAAGUUCAGAAGCACUUCGGAAGUGAGACUACGCUCACCGCAGACAGGAGCUCAGCCAUCCCUCUCGACACAUCUGAAUAUGCGUGCUGCCCUGGGGCUGUGGCUGGCUGUCCUGGCUUUUGCCUUUUGCACUUUAAUCUGCCUGGGUACGCUGGCCGAUGCAUACCCUUCUAGACCUGACAAUCCUGGCGAGGACGCACCUGCCGAAGAUUUGGCCAAAUAUUAUUCGGCGCUCAGGCACUAUAUCAACCUUAUUACACGGCAGAGGUAUGGGAAAAGAUCCAGUCCUGAGACAUUGUUGUCGGACUUGCUAUUGAGGGAAAACACAGAGAGCAUACCAAGGUCAAGAUACGAAGAUCCAUCGAGCUGGUGAUGGGAGGCGCACUCUUUAUUGAUUCCACGUUUUUCACUUUGCAUUUCAUUGUUAUAAAGCUGGCAUUCAGAUCUGCCAGACCUCCAAAGACAAUCACUGCAUGCAGCCAUCAUUGACAACUCUGUAGAAAUAUCUCCUGCCUCAUACUGUAUAUAAAUUUAUUUAAAUAAUUUAUUUGUGCAUUCUCAGUAUAAAAAAAAAUAUUAUUUGUAUAGUAAGACUGGUUUUGUGCUAUUAAAAUCAUUUGAAAAAUGUU